AUGGCGAACCAACAAGCUCGAAUGUCCAUGUACUCGGUGGCCUCCGAAUCUUUCAACGGCCCUCGGGGUGCUGGACAACAAGCAUCCCAAGUCUCAACCACAACGCUCCUGAAUGGGAUACAUAACAUCUAUCUAUCAUCGCAACCCUAUCAAUUAGAUGCCGGGACCAGCCUCGCCGUCAACACAUGGCUCACGGCUACCCAGGCCGGCCCCGAUGGUAGGUUGGGAGGAACAGUAGAUGCUGCUCUGGCCGCCCGAGCUUGGGAGCAUGCCCGGCGCCGAGCAGAAGAUGGAUGCAUUAUUCUAGGAUCUCUGCACACGUCGACACCUUCUCUCCUCGCCCCAUUCCUCUCAUCCAUACCUCUCUCGAUCCCUUCGACACUGCUCACCGCCCUCGAGGUGAUCAAGCCCUUCGUUCAAUGUGUGACGCCAUACAACCCGGCUACACCACGUCAAGCUGCUCUUGGAGUGACCCUGACGCUUAACCUUGCCGGGAACCUGACGGCCGCGAAGCUGGCCUUGUCACAAGGAGGAAUUGACACGGAAAAGGGACUGCUCAAUAUCCCAGCCGAAGCUGGGUACCGUGCGUUCGACGUAUUCUAUUACCUCCUGACCUCCGCUUCAACACCAGCGGAGCGCGAGUUCUUGAGCCUCAUGUCUGCAGCCAACUAUUCGUUGUUGGCCAGAUCCGGCACCUACGAUCCUCCUUCCUACCUACCCACCGCUGACGAUGCCGCAUCGGCCGAUGACUUCAGAAAAGCUUUGAAAGAAAUCGGCAUCAAGGGUUCGUCUCACCGAAACUUUAUAUCGACACUUGCUGGUCUCCUGAAGCUUGGCAACACAUUGGAUUACGAUGUCGACGGUGACACCUUGGACGAUACCUGUGAGGAUGUGGGCGGACUCCUUGGGCUUGAUCCCGAGGUUCUCGCAAGGCAAUGCACCACCGAAGACCGACAGACCUUGGUCGGCGGGCUUUAUGAGGCCCUUGUUGACUGGGUCAUCACCAAAGCCAACCAGUCAAUCUCAGCUCAGAUGUCGCGCAUUCGGGAGGGAGAGGAGUCACUCGACGGGUACAGAACCCCGACGGCAAGCGAAGAUGCUGGCGACACUGUGUGCAUUACCGUCGUUGAAGUACCCGAACCGAACCUUGGCAAGGCUCUGGCAAUGCGUGGCAUCUUCGACGAUAGUCUGGGAAUCAACGCUGAAAUGAUAGAGGACGGUGUGGACGUUGUCGCUGUGGGAAGUUCAGUCCAGCGGGAGCUGCAAAAUGCCGUGGCGGAAGCUGCACCUGACCUGGGCAUAAUGACUGGCCCAGUUGCUCGAGCGCAGCAGCACGAACUCGAGAAGAGGGAGGUUGUUCUGGAAAGGAUCGGCUUCGCCGGGGAGGACGAUGGGUUCCUGAAGAAACUACUUUUUCCUAUUCAGGGUGAGGGUAUCAACCUGGGCCGGAACGCAAGGAUGGACCUCCCCUCGAUUCUCAGCACCAGCCGCGUCUGGUACCACUUGUCGCUCCAUCCGACGGACGAGUCCCCAGCUAGUCUUGCAGCUUUGCCUUCAGUAACCUCGGCGUGGUCAGCCGGCACCGUGUCUCGCCAGUUGCGUACCUGGCGAUUGCCGGAAUGGGCCAACCGACGCAACAAGAACCUGGACUUCACAGCUGAUUUCGAUCUUGAUGAGUUCACGCAGCGUUUCGCGCCGCUUGGCUGUGGCGAAGGCCGGGAUGGAAUUGAGUCCUGGCUACUCGAGCGAGGUUGGAGCAACGGUGAAGUCGUGGUAGGCAAAGAGCGAGUUUGGAUGCGGGAGACUGCCUGGUGGGAAGCCGAGAGCAUGCUUGAUAUCAAACCUGAACAAGGCAACACCACCGGCAUUAACAACCCAUUUGCAACCCCCGGUCGCGAAUCAGCCUACGUCCACAACGGCAGCGGUUUCUUCGCUCCCCAGUUCCCUGACCAGGGGUCGAAUAACAGCCGGGAGACACUCAUGAACCACCAACGCAAUCAGAGCCAACUCACCUUCGCCCAGAGUCAAGCCAGGGCACCUUCAAUGAGCCCCUCCGCGAUGCGUAAAAUGCAAACGGGUGACUAUGGAUUGGGCCACAAGGGAGACACCCAUCGCGACCAAGUUUACUACACUAGCGAGGGCGACUUCAUCAACAAUCUGGAUGCCGACGACGCCCAAGGCAAACAUGUCGAGACUCAAGAGGUCGAGUUCAGCCGCCGUCUGUGGGUUGCCAUCGUCUGGACUCUGACUUUCUGGAUUCCUUCUUUCGCUCUCCGCUACAUCGGCAGGAUGAAGCGUCCAGAUGUGCGGAUGGCCUGGCGAGAAAAGUUCGUGCUGGUGUUCUUCAUUUUUCUCAUCAACGCUUUCAUCAUCUUCUGGAUCAUCUUCUUCGGGCGGCUGCUCUGCCCCAAUUUCGACAAGGCAUGGGCACAGGACGAAGUCAGCACGCACAUGGGUGAAAACGACUAUUGGGUCAGCAUCCACGGCAAGGUUUACGACCUGACGAAAUUCUGGAGGAUUCAGCACAGCGACACUGAUACCGAGACUACCAACGAUCUGAUGAUCCAAUACGCCGGCAUGAACCUAGACGAGUACUUUGUGCCUCCUCUGGUAAUCUCAUGUCCCGGUCUCGUUACCGACAAGACCCUUCAGCUGCAGAAAAACAAUACUCCCACGUUGCCCGAAGGCGUGCACACCUCGGGAUACUGGACCGUUGACCCGACUUCUGCGAUGGCCUCUGAAACCUGGUAUAGUGAUACUUUCCAGCCGAAGAUCAAGGAGUACUAUCAUGGAGACCUCGUCUGGGACAAAUCGGAUGUCGAAUCCGACGGGCAGGACAACCAACACAUGUGGGUCAUCUACGAUGGCAAGAUAUACGACCUCACCGACUACUUCACCACUAUAGACUACAUGAAGAACAUUGCCCUCUACAACUUUCUCGACGACACCAUAGUGGAUAUCGUCAAGGAGAACGCCGGACUAGACGUCACGUCUAAAUGGAACGACCACCUGUCAGACACCAGGAGCAACACCACAGCAUUUGCUACGGCCUCAAACAGUCUCAACUGCAUCCAGCAGACCUUCUACGUCGGCAUACCAGAUUUUCGCUACUCCGCAAGGUGCCAGACCAAUAACUACUUCUUGCUGGCGUUCACCAUCAUCAUCGCCUCGGUCAUCGUCGUUAAAUUUCUGUCAGCUUUGCAAUUCGGCUCCAAGCGACGUCCCGCUCCGCAGGACAAGUUCGUGAUUUGUCAAGUCCCGGCCUACACCGAAGGAGAAGAUUCGCUUAGAAAAGCACUGGAUUCUCUCACUGCUCUGCAAUACGACAACAAGAGAAAGCUGAUUUGUGUCAUCUGUGAUGGCAUCAUCGUCGGUGGUGGUAACGACCGGCCCACCCCCAAGAUCGUCCUCGACAUCCUAGGGGUUGAUCCCAAGGUCGACCCUCCAGCCUUGCCUUUCAAGUCCGUCGGAACCGGCAGUGAGCAGCUCAACUACGGCAAAGUUUAUUCUGGUUUAUAUGAGUUCGAAGGCAACGUCGUGCCUUACCUCGUCGUGGUCAAAUGUGGCAAGGAGUCUGAGGCGACCAAGUCGAAGCCUGGUAACCGCGGCAAGCGUGACUCUCAGAUCCUGCUGAUGAGCUUCCUCAACCGCGUACACCACCGUGCUCCAAUGAAUCCUCUCGAGCUCGAGAUGUUCCAUCAGAUUAACAACAUUAUCGGCGUGGACCCUGAGCUGUACGAAUAUCUCUUCAUGGUCGAUGCCGAUACUUGCGUGCGAGAAGAUUCUCUCAAUCGUCUUGUUGCUGCCUGUGCCAAUAACUCCAAGAUUGCCGGAAUCUGCGGUGAAACUGCGCUGCAGAACGAGGAACGAUCGUGGUGGAGUAUGAUACAGGUCUACGAGUACUAUAUCUCCCAUCACCUGGCCAAGGCUUUCGAAUCGCUAUUUGGCAGUGUCACGUGUCUUCCUGGAUGUUUCACGAUGUACCGUCUACGAACUUCGGACCGCGGCAAGCCCCUGAUUAUAUCCGACGGGGUCAUCAAAGACUACAGUAUCUGCAACGUCGACACCCUUCACAAGAAGAAUCUGCUGGCACUCGGUGAAGAUCGAUUCCUGACCACCCUGAUGACCAAGUACUUCCCCACCAUGUCCUUCAAGUUCAUUCCAGACGCGUACUGCCAAACAGCGGCUCCCGAAGAAUGGAGCGUCUUGUUGUCCCAGCGAAGAAGAUGGAUCAACUCGACGGUCCACAACUUGUUCGAGUUGAUGAUGCUCAAGGACAUGUGUGGGUUCUGCUGUUUCUCCAUGCGCUUCGUGGUCUUUAUCGAUCUAUUCGGAACGAUCAUCCUGCCUUCUACGACCAUCUAUCUUGGCUACAUUAUCUACCUUCUGGCGAGCCACACUGGUGCAACGCCAUGGAUCUCACUCGCCAUCUUGGCUGGAGUCUACGGUCUGCAGGCGCUCAUCUUCAUUAUCAAGCGGCAAUGGCAACACAUCGGCUGGAUGAUUAUCUACCUGCUCGCAUUGCCCGUCUACUCGUUCAUUCUCCCCAUCUACUCCUUCUGGAAUCAGGACAAUUUCACCUGGGGUAACACCCGUAUCGUCAUUGGAGAGAAGGGUAACAAGCAAGUCGUUGCUGUCGAUGACGAGGGCUUUGACCCGCGCUCCAUUCCGCUACAACGCUGGGACGACUAUGCAUCACUGAACAAUCUCCCUGGUCGUCGCGGCUACCAGGCUGAAAAGGGCCACGAAGUCUACGACGAGACCUAUGAGAUGGAUGACAUGAAAUCGGUCUAUUCGUCGGUUCGACAACCCUCUGUCCUUACUGGUCUCCAAGGUCAUGGUGGAUACAUGCCACCCCAAUCCCCCGCCCCCUUCCAGACCAUGACACGGCAGUCUACAUACGGGCCCUACACCGACAAUCCCAUGCACCGACAAUCCACCGCCUCAUUCGGCGAUAUCCAACGCAUGAACUCGCCUUACUUAGACUCGCCUAAUGUUGGUUAUAAAUCAAGCAUGAGCAACUUGCGUGGGGUAUCAAACAACUCACCGCACCGCGACAUGCACCGGGCCUCCAACACUACGCUUGGUUAUUCUGGCGGUGCUCGUCCGGCGUUGGGUCAGGGACACCAAUCCACCACUUCCUUUGACUUUCAGAGGGGUAACGUGGGACCUGACGACGGCAUGAUCAUCGAGGCUAUCCAAGCUGUGCUUCAAGAAGUCGACCUUGACACGGUAACCAAGAAGCAGGUCCGCGCCCUCGUUGAGCAAAGGCUACAGACAGAGCUUGUGGGCGAGAAGCGAACAUUUAUGGAUCGCCAGAUCGAUAACGAGCUGGCGAACAUGUGA